UAACUGUACGGAUGCUCGUUAAGAAUUGAGUUAAAUAUACAUCUCUUGUUUAAGGUUAGUCUGGUUUUCAGCGUACUCUGCGGAGUAUUAACACAUUUACAUAGUGAAAGAGAUCAGUAAUACAUACUAGCUGAAAAUAACUUUACGACAUUUUCCCAAUCUAUUUUUAACGCAAAUUUUCCAUUCUUUUCUGAAGAUAUUUAUGUGACACUACUGCUUAAGAUGUAGGAAAAGGGAAAUGUUUGAUAAGAUAAGAAUUCACUAUGCGUUUGUAUACCAAAAUCAACCCUUAGCCGAUAAAUAUUUGAAAUAUUUCAUUGAAUUCGUUUAAUGAAGUACAAAUGGAGCAGAGUUUGUGUUAAGUGCAUGUAAGCAUGCGUGUCGUAUUACGCUUCAACUUGUAUAGUAUUAAUAUGUAAAACAAAGAGAUGCCAAAGAGACAGCGACGAUCUAGAGGAAAUUCGGGGUUAUAUGAUGAACUUCACGUAUCGCCACCAAAACGGAAAUACGAUGUGGAGAAUGCUGUUGGAGGGGCUGAUGCUAAGUCUGCUGAUUUACCAAAGGAUGAAGAGAAGAAAAUUACACGUAUGUCUCCAAAAACGAUACUCUUUUCCCAAGACACGAUAAAUUACAAGUUUGAAGACGGAACGAAACUGAACGAAACGUUAAACAGCUUGAAAUUCUGGAGAGAAAACUGUCGAUUCAAUUCCAAAAAUAACCGUUAUACCGGCAAAAGAGCAGGAAAAAUACUUCACACAUGAUAACAGAAGAUUAUAUGUAUAUUAAAAGUAUGAAGAUUAUCUUGGGGAGAAGUUACUCAUUCCUGUCAUCAUCGGUAAAUCUGAAGAUCUAGGAAGAGAACGACUAACUACAGGACCUAGAAGCCGUGGAAAGUCUAUUAAAAUAAUGAUAGAGGACUUUAAAGGCAGCAGAAAAGGCGGGAAACUGCUAGAGACCUGGACUUGUCCGAAAAGUAAAGACUGAGUCAAUAUUUUAAAAGUUCAUCAAUAUUAAUAACACAAACAACGAAGCAAAUGUGCUUUUAAACAAACAAACAAUCAAACAUUCGAACAGUGCAGAAAAAACAACUUUUUUCAGCUUAACUGGCCAUAUGUAAAGAGAUAUGUUUACAAGUGCCAUUCAUAAUAUGUACUCAAUGUUACAGAUGCACAAUAUCAAUUUAUAUCAUUCAUAAAACAUAUAUGAGCCGCACCAUGAGAAAACCAACAAAUUGCAUUUGCGACCAGCAUAGCUCCAGACCAUCCAUGCUGGUCGCUUUCAAAGCCUAAUUGCAGUUAGAGAAACCGUUGGCGCUGACCAGACUGGGCGGAUGCGCAGGCUGGUCUUGAUCCAUGCUGGUCGCAAAUGCACUAUGUUUGUUUUCUCAUGGUGCGGCUCAAUUAUCUCAUCGUACGUUUAUUUUUGUCUCUUACACGAUUUGCAUAUAGAUCAUAGAACUAUUCCAAUGGUAAAUAUCUAAAGAAAGGUUGAUAGCUGAAAUUUCGAAAAAGUAAAAAUAUCUGAGGUUUGCCCAGGAUCGCAUCAUUUGAAAAGUAUUCUUACCAGUUCUUAUAGUUAUAAGUUUGGAAAAAUCAACAAGUUUGAUAAAACUGCUAAAUAAAUGUUGGAGUAUUUUGACUUGCUGUAACUUGACAGUGUUUUAAAAAUGUCCUAAAAAGUGGAAUAGACAAAUUGACUCUUUUUGAUUUUGGCAGUAUUGUGAAUAUAUGCACAAUAAACAAUGAA